UUCAAUUUCCAGGUCUGUCCACUAGGAAUGCCGGGGCCGUGCGAUGGAAUGCAUCGAUUGUGCUCAUGCCCCUUUUAUUCUUUGCUUUGGCAUCUGCAUCCAGCGAGCAAGCUUCUCACGAGCCGUGUCCAAGUUUAGCGCUUCACUCCGGGUCAAAUGGCUGGCUAUCAGCUCGAUGCUGCACAUAUCCUCAGGAGCUGCUUUUGCAGCUGGAGCGGGGUGCGGAGGUGCACGAGAUAGAGAUUGGAGCACGUGGAGAGUUGGUGCCACGCUCGGUCGAAGUUCACCUGAGCAAGGACAAUCCACUUGGAGAUCAACACUUUGAGCAUGCUUGUACUUUGGAAAUGCAACGUUCAGGCUCAACAACAGCACGUGGUACGCGGAGAGCCAAGCACAAGAUGCUUCUUUUUUGUUCCGGACAAGUGAAGCUGCUGAUCAACGACCCUUUGGUAACUGGACCGAGCAAUCCAUACAAACAAGUAUCCUUGGCAACUGUUGACAUUUGGGGGUACGAAGACGUCCUUCCCAAAAAGCCACGAAGCCCUUUAGAUUUGGGGGAGCACCAGGAUGAAAUUGCAGCUGUGCUGAUGGAACUGGGGGUUCCAUUGAGCCUGGUACCUGUUGAUGAAGAUUCAUCCAGGCUGGCGACCUCGGAUCUGGGAACGAAGGCUUUGGUGAAGGAACUGCGCGAGAAAGAAGAUGCUUUGCUCAGGGCCAAAAGGUUCGGAGAUGCCCAGCGACUUCAAGAGCAUGUACAGCAGCUUUGUGAAAUGGGUCAGGAGCUCCACGAGCUUCUGCAACAAAAAGAAGAGGCCCUAGCAACAAGACGCUCUGGCGGCGAGAUAAAGAAGUUGUUUGAUCGUGUGUCUGAGCUGGAAGGGAGACGACUUCACCUAGCUGCGCUGUACGACACGGACUGGUGGCUAUCUGCGAUGUCUUUGGCUUCAACCAUACCUGUCAGCGACUCUCCAAAAGACACGGACGAGGCAGCGACAACUGAACUUGGCCUUGGCACCGCACAAAGGGAGCUGUGUCUCUCAGACCAAACUCCCAAAUCUGCGCGGAACUUGAGUGACUUUGAUCGCACCCAGGCUGCCUCCAAAUUCGCUGGUGAGGCCUUGUCAACUGCAAGGUCACAACCGUGAGCCAACUGCUUUGCACUGUGCAAGCUUCAGGAUCGCGUUGGCAUUGACAAAGUCAAUCCAUCUGGCUUUGGAGCAAACAUACUUACUUCCCAGCAAAAUGCAGCAAACAUCAACUAGAACCUGCCUUGACAUGAGCAGAGUCUUGGCCAAAAAGGCUUCCGGGAACUCAAAAUUAAAAUUCAAUCAGUA